CGCCAUGGAGAAGGGAUCCAGCUCCUCGGCCAGCAGCCCGGUGCCUUUGACCUCCUCCUCCACGGCCACCUUCAAGGAGGAGUUGCUGUGCCCCAUCUGCUACGACCCUUUCCGGGAAGCCGUCACCCUUUGCUGCGGCCACAAUUUCUGCAAAAGCUGCGUGAGCCGUUCAUGGGAGCACGGGAAUCAUGUCUGUCCCGUCUGCAAGGAGGCCUCCUCCUUCGCUGACCUCCGCAUCAACCACACGCUCAACAACCUGGUGGAGAUGAUCCUCAAGGAAGAAGGGAAGCACCGGGGCCGGGCCACCGCCCUCUGCCCCUUGCAUCAUGAAAAAGCCAAACUUUUCUGCCUGGAGGAUAAGGAGUUGGUGUGUUUCGUCUGCCAGAGCUCCAAGCAGCACGAGGGGCACAAGAUGCGGCCGGUGCAGGAGACAGCGGAGGAUUUCAGGGCCAAGCUGAAGAACAUGGAGACCUCCCUGCGGGACAAGGCGAAGAAUUUUGGGACCGUCCAUCGCUCCUACGAGUCCAUCUUCAAACACAACCAGAGGGAGGCGGUGCGGCUGGAGGAGCAGAUCAAGAGGGAGUUUGAGAAGCUGCACGAGUUCCUGCGGGGCGAGGAGAAGGCGCUGCUGGAGCAGCUGCAGGAGGAGGCGGGGCACAAGCGCAGCUUCCUGGAGGAGAAGAUGAAGCGGCUGGGGGAGGAGAGCCGGGCCCUGCUCAACGAAGCCCGACAGCUCCAGGAGGACCUCAAGGAGGACGACUACACCUUCCUCAUGAGCCACAAGAACCGCAAGCGCAGGAUCGCCUGCACGGCCGAGGAACCAGAGGCUGUGCCCUUGGGGAUGCUCCUGGAUGUCGCCAAGUACCUGGGCUCGCUGCAGUACAACGUCUGGAAGAAGAUGCUGGACACCAUCACCGUCGUCCCCUUCAGCUUUGACCCCAACUCAGCAGCGGGGUGGCUCUCGGUGUCCGAGGAUCUCUCCAGCGUCACCAACGGGGGGUACAAGCUGCUGUUGGAGAACCCCGAGCGCUUCGCCUCCGCCCCCUGCAUCCUGGGCUCCCGCGGCUUCUCCAGCGGCUUCCACACCUGGGAGGUGGACCUG